UAUAAAACCCCAGCCUCACUUUCUCUCUUUCUCUUCCUCUCCUUUAAACUCUUUUUUGAACCUCUUUCCCUUUAUCUCUUUCUAGAAUCUUCUUCUUCUUCUCUCUCUAUUUUCUAGGGUUUUCGUCUUCGGUGCUUUGGCACUGCUCGGAACGUACGUUUUCUUCUCUAGGGUUUAUCUGUGAAUUUGUGUUGUGUGGUGGUUUUUCGGCGAUGGCGGCCGAGAAGCUUAGGGAUUUGAGCCAGCCGAUCGAUGUGGCUUUGCUAGAUGCCACCGUCGCGGCCUUCUAUGGCACUGGAUCUAAGGAAGAGAGGACUGCAGCAGACCAGAUUUUGCGUGAUUUGCAAAACAAUCCAGAUAUGUGGCUCCAGGUUAUGCACAUUCUUCAAAAUACAAAGAACCUAAACACCAAGUUCUUUGCCCUGCAGGUCCUAGAAGGAGUUAUUAAGUAUCGGUGGAAUGCAUUGCCUGUUGAACAGCGAGAUGGAAUGAAAAAUUACAUAUCUGAUGUCAUUGUGCAGCUUUCUAGUAAUGAGGCCUCUUUUCGAAUUGAACGACUGUAUGUCAACAAACUCAAUGUUAUAUUGGUUCAGAUUUUGAAGCAUGAGUGGCCAGUUAGAUGGCGAAGCUUUAUUCCUGAUCUUGUUGCAGCAGCUAAAACUAGUGAAACAAUUUGUGAGAAUUGCAUGGCUAUAUUAAAACUUCUAAGUGAAGAGGUUUUUGAUUUCUCGAGGGGGGAGAUGACUCAACAGAAGAUCAAAGAUCUUAAGCAAUCAUUGAACAGUGAGUUUCAACUCAUUCAUGAGUUAUGCUUAUAUGUUCUAUCGGCAUCUCAAAGAACUGAGCUUAUACGUGCUACAUUGUCCACAUUGCAUGCUUUCCUUUCAUGGAUUCCCUUGGGUUAUAUUUUUGAAUCACCAUUGCUUGAGACACUCCUAAAAUUCUUCCCUGUGCCAGCGUAUCGGAAUCUUACCCUUCAAUGCUUAACUGAGGUUGCAGCCCUUAAUUUUGGGGACUUCUACAAUGUGCAGUAUGUUAAGAUGUAUAGUAUCUUCAUGGUGCAGUUACAGGUUAUUCUCCCCUCUACUACAAACAUCCCUGAGGCUUAUGCACAUGGAAGUAGUGAGGAACAAGCAUUUAUUCAGAACUUGGCACUGUUUUUCACUUCAUUUUACAAGUUUCAUAUUCGAGUGCUAGAAGCUACUCAAGAGAAUAUAACUGCUUUGCUAAUGGGUCUUGAAUAUCUUACUAACAUCUCGUAUGUGGACGACACUGAGGUUUUUAAGGUUUGCUUGGAUUACUGGAAUUCCUUGGUUUUGGAACUGUUUGAGUCACACCAUAACAUUGAUAAUCCUGCAGUAGCAGCUGCAAAUAUGAUGGGACUGCAGAUGCCGAUGCUUCCUGGUAUGGUUGAUGGCAUUGGUUCACAAAUUCUUCAGAGGCGGCAGCUUUUUGCCAUUCCAAUGUCAAAGUUAAGAAUGCUUAUGAUUUGUCGAAUGGCUAAGCCUGAAGAGGUUCUCAUAGUUGAAGAUGAAAAUGGGAAUAUUGUUCGUGAGACCAUGAAGGACAAUGAUGUUCUUGUUCAAUACAAGAUAAUGAGGGAGACUCUUAUCUAUUUGUCUCAUCUUGAUCAUGAGGACACUGAAAAGCAGAUGUUGAAGAAACUAAGUAAGCAAUUGAGUGGCGAGGAUUGGACUUGGAACAACUUGAACACAUUAUGCUGGGCAAUAGGAUCUAUAUCUGGCUCCAUGAUGGAGGAACAGGAAAACAGAUUCUUGGUGAUGGUCAUUCGUGAUUUAUUGAAUUUAUGUGAAAUCACAAAAGGGAAAGAUAAUAAAGCUGUUAUUGCUAGUAACAUUAUGUAUGUUGUUGGGCAGUACCCAAGGUUUUUAAGAGCCCAUUGGAAAUUCUUGAAAACUGUUGUGAAUAAGUUGUUUGAGUUCAUGCAUGAGACUCAUCCAGGAGUUCAGGAUAUGGCCUGUGACACAUUCUUGAAAAUUGUUCAGAAGUGCAAGCGGAAGUUUGUAAUUGUACAGGUUGGAGAGAAUGAACCAUUUGUCUCUGAACUUCUAACAGGCCUUCCGACAACCAUAGCUGAUCUUGAGCCACACCAGAUUCAUACGUUCUAUGAAUCUGUUGGUCACAUGAUACAAGCGGAAUCUGAUCCCCAGAAGCGGGAUGAAUACCUUCAGAGGUUGAUGGAGCUCCCAAAUCAGAAAUGGGUUGAGAUCAUAGGGAAGGCGCGUCAAAGUGUUGAUUUCCUGAAGGAUCAAGACGUAAUCCGGACUGUGCUUAAUAUAUUGCAGACAAAUACUAGCGUUGCCAAUUCACUUGGAACGUAUUUUUUAUCUCAAAUUUCUCUGAUCUUUUUGGACAUGCUUAAUGUUUACAGAAUGUACAGUGAGCUUAUAUCAAGUAGCAUUGCAGAAGGAGGGCCCUAUGCAUCUAAAACAUCCUAUGUGAAACUUUUACGGUCGGUUAAAAGAGAGACUCUUAAGCUUAUUGAGACAUUCUUGGACAAGGCAGAAGAUCAACCACAAAUUGGAAAACAAUUUGUGCCCCCAAUGAUGGAUCCCGUUCUUGGUGACUAUGCUAGGAACUUGCCAGAUGCUAGGGAAUCAGAAGUUCUCUCACUUUUUGCCACAAUAAUAAAUAAGUAUAAAGCUGCAAUGAUUGAUGAUGUGCCUCGCAUAUUUGAAGCAGUUUUCCAAUGCACAUUGGAGAUGAUCACAAAAAAUUUUGAAGAUUACCCAGAGCAUCGGCUCAAGUUUUUUUCGUUACUUCGUGCAAUUGCUACACAUUGUUUUCCUGCAUUGAUUCGUUUAUCAAGUCAGCAACUGAAGCUUGUCAUGGAUUCCAUUAUAUGGGCAUUUCGGCACACAGAAAGGAAUAUUGCUGAAACUGGGCUGAAUCUUUUAUUGGAGAUGCUAAAGAACUUUCAGAAUUCCGAGUUUUGUAAUCAAUUCUACCAGUCAUACUUUUUGCAAAUUGAGCAAGAAAUAUUUGCUGUAUUGACGGACACCUUUCAUAAACCCGGUUUCAAGUUGCAUGUCUUGGUGCUACAACACUUGUUUUGCCUGGUGGAGUCUGGUGGGCUGACGGAGCCGUUGUGGGAUGUUGCCACAGUUCCUUAUCCAUAUCCAAACAACACGAUGUUUGUUCGUGAGUACACAAUAAAACUUCUGAGCACUUCAUUCCCCAACAUGACUGCAGCAGAGGUCACGCAAUUUGUGAAUGGACUGUUUGAGUCAAGAAAUGAGCUCUCUGCAUUUAAAAAUCAUAUAAGAGACUUUCUUGUGCAGUCAAAAGAGUUUUCAGCUCAGGACAACAAAGACCUUUAUGCAGAGGAGGCUGCUGCUCAGAGAGAAAGAGAGCGACAGCGGAUGCUUUCCAUUCCAGGGCUGAUUGCACCCAAUGAGAUACAAGAUGAGAUGUUGGACUCAUAAAUGGCUGACGCUGAUGUGAAUCUAAUGUCAUGGACUUCUAUAACUCAAGAGUUGCAAGUGGGCACCUUGAUUCAUUUUUACCAGAUUCUGUGGAUAAGAGCAGAAAAGAGCAAUUUUCCCUAUGUGUCCCUCCUGUUCCCCAGAGUUUUCUUGUUGAACCUUGUAUAAAUCAGUAAGGUACCUGGGUGCAAUGGUUGGGCUGCCGGCGAUACCGCCUAUUGGUGGCUGUGUGUAGGUUAUUUAGUUACUAAUGGUAGGGGGAUAAAAAGAGUCAUUAUACGGGUUUUGCUGGAUCCAGCUUAAUAUUUGUAUUGGCAGGAUGAGAUGCAGACAGUUUAAAUGGCUCAUUUUCAAGUAUUGAUGAUUCAUCUUUAGGUGUAACGUAUACUAACCCUGGGGGGUUGUGUAGAAAUUCAAUCGGUUUUUAUUGAUAGAAUGUGAUAUGUUUUGGUGUUUGGUUUAA